AUGACAUUUUAUCAACCAUUGUUAACAACCAUCAAUCAUCUCAUUCAACGAAUAGAUAAGGUCAAAGUGUGUCAAGAUCAUUGGAAAAUAGUUGAAGCAAGCUUAGUUAUUCUUCAACUUCAAUUAAAUGAGAAAGAUAAGAUGAAUGAUGUCAGAAAAUUGCACGAAGAAAUUGAACAAACAUUAAAAGCCAUCGAUGAAGUUGUCACUAGUUGUACUGAAAGAGAAAUCGAUCUCAAUGGAGUCACGUAUCGAGAUUUUGAGUCUUUACUACUCCGAUUUCAACUACGACUCGCUCAACAUGAAGCUGAUUUGACAGACGACUAUGAAACAAAAGUGCAAAUACUCUGCAAUGCAUAUCACAAACAGCAAAUCUUUACUCAGAAAGUUCUUGAUGAGACAAUGAGACAAAGAUUAGACACAAUUGAAAAACAUACAAAGGAAAAGACCAUAGAACAACUUAAUCAAUUACGUAAAAAAUAUUUCGAUACGAUCGAAAUUUAUCUUCACCAGUGCACUGAUCAACAUAAGAGUGUACCUCUUACUGGUCUCACAGCUGAUAUUAUUGCUAAAGUUGCUGAUAAUUUUUAUCAAAUCUCACCCGAAUAUCAAGUUCAAUUAAGACAGAAAUGGCGAGCAUGUGAACUUCCUCUCACACGUACAUUCAUUCAACUGAAACCUGAUAAAUCUUCAUCAUUCGAAAGAAAUGAAUCACGACGAUUGCUUAUGGAAAACGAAGCUAAUAUGGUACAAGGUGCACACAGUAGAAAAGAAACAUCGAAAGGAAUAUGGGAACGAUUAGUGUCAGCUCCCUACAUGAUGUCAAUGGUUGAAAGAGAUCGCUAUUCGGAAGAAGACGAUGUUACAGAGGAAAAUAUAAUUCGAUCGAAACGUUGGAUUGUUAUUUUGGGUGAUCCAGGAAGUGGAAAAACAAGUUUUGCUCGAUGGCUUGUUCAUCAUCUUGCUCAGACACUUCUUAUCAAUGGAUCAGAUUCAACUGAUUAUGGUCCUCUUCGUAUACCAAUUCUAAUUCGUAUUGGUGAAUUUGCUGAAAUAUUGAAAGAACAACCAUCACUCACUUUAUUUGAUUAUAUUGGAAAACAUAAAUGGAUGGGAAAGUCAAUUGUUGAUGAUUCAUUGAUCUCUUCCAAUAAUGUAUCAUGUGCUCUUCAAGAUUAUAUUAAACAAGGUCAAGCUUUAAUCAUACUCGAUGGUCUUGAUGAAAUUCCUCUUUCAAAUCAACGUUCAAAAAUCAUUAAUAUUGUUGAAAACUUUGUUGAUACUUAUGUUCAGACACCAACAGGUGUUUCUGUCUUUGAUAAUGUAUAUUUGAGCAAGUUAUUAGAUGAUCCAUCUCGAUCAGGAGGUAAUCAAUUAAUUGUUACAAGUCGUAUAGUUGGCUAUCAUGCUGCUCCAUUAGCUGGUCAAUUUGCUCAUUAUACGAUUCGACCCAUGGAUAUGGAACACAUGAGAGAUUUUGUUGAUUAUUGGUUUUAUCGAGUACAUCAGCAUAUAAUAGACACUCUAGGUCUUCCAUUAACCAAUCAAGGAGAAAGGCAUGGCGAAAUCUUGAAAAAAGAAUUAGAAAAAACAGAAAAUACUGGUCUUCUUGAUGUAGCUUCUAACUCUUGCUUGAUGUCCUUCAUUUGUAGUGUGGCUUUCAAUCAAUUAGAAGGUUCAUCAUUACCUACUCAACGUAUUCUACUAUAUGAAGCAAUUGUUAAUUCCAUGUUAAGUUUAUGGACUACUAAAACAUCGACUAUUCCAAUACGAGAAUUAAUUCAAAUUUUCAGUAAUAUUGCAACUUAUAUUCAUGGGAAUUCUGCAUCAGGUCUUAUUCAUGAAGAGAAAAUGAAAGAAAUUUGUAUUCAAUCUAUCAAAAAUUCGUCAAGGAAAAAUUUUGACACUAAAAAGAAUAUUCAAGAUAUUGGAAAUCAAGCAUCUGAAUUUGUACGAAUCAUUCGUGAUGAUGUUGGUAUUUUAGCUGCUCGAGGUGAAUCACUCUAUGGUUUUCUUCAUUUAACAUUUCAAGAAUAUUUCACUUGUUUGAAACUCAUCGAUAUAGAAACUACGAAACAAGAGAAGGAAAAAUCUUAUGAAUCUGGUUUACAGAAUAAAGUUCAACUCCUCGCUCAAUCUGUACGGUAUCAUACAAAUGAUCCACGUUUUCAGGUACCUAUUGCACUUGCUUUAGGUAAAAUUAGUUCUUCUUGGUCUCAAAAAGAUUUUGAUAAUUUUUCUUACGAGUUUAUAAAAAUGCAAGAUGAAUCUGAUUCUCUUUUACCACUUGGUGCAUAUAUGCUAAUUAGUUGUGGUAAUGAUCUUGUAAAUUAUCCUUCUCAUAAUGUUUUAUUUGAUGCUUUGGAUCGUUUAAUAAUCGCAGCUGGUCAACAUAAAUGGUCGAUUGUUUGUCCAUUUCUAUUCGAUCAAAUCACAGCUGUGUUAAAAAAACUUCGAAAUGAUAUUAUUCCACUAUGGAUUCACAAUUUAUUAUUACGAUCUUAUUCGCAUAAUAUUCAAACAGUAUCCGCUCUUUGUCGUCUCAUCGAAGGAAAACCUCAUGAAUUUGAAAACAUCAAAUGGUUAAAUCAAUCAUCUUGUUCGAUACUUCAAUCCUUGUCAAUACUUGAUAAUGAAAAUAAUGAAUUUGCUAUUGAUCGACUAUUAGUUAAAAUUGCUUUCUCAAAUCGUCGUUUGUUAUCUGUACAUCCAAUGACCUUCAAGGAAUUUUUACUUGGUAAUGAAAUUGAACUAAAUUCGAUUCCUGUUAAUCUUUUUCCUGUGAUCAUCAGUUUAUAUGGUGGUUUGAAACGAGAUGGUCAUUCUGUUGUUUUCGAUCCAUUUCAUAUAUAUAGAGAAUCAACAGCAGUCACAAAGAUUUUUGUGCGUUUUCUUUCUGAAAAUAAUUUAAAUAUACAAGAUGAAAAAAUAAUGUUAAUUAAACAAGAAUGCCUGCGAUCAUUACUGACACGAAUAGAAAAUCAUGAAGAAUCUCCUGAAACAGUGGAUCUUUGUAUCGCAACAAUCUGCUUGUAUGGUAUCGACUAUGUAACAGAAAAUACAAAAAUAAUCUCAAAUUCUUUAUUUCGAAUGAGUUUGGGUAGACUGAAAUAUAUUUCAAUGAUUUUACGUCAAUAUUAUUUUGUUCAUGGUAGUGAUAGUUUGCAUGAAAAGGAAGCAACAAAAUUUAUAUCAAUGGUGAUUCAAAAAUUUCAGUAUGGUGAAUUAUCAAAUGUACAAUUUCUUGAUUUAUUAAAUUCAAUAAGAAGUGGUUUAGCUCGCUUACAAUCUUCUACAACAUCAAUUUUGCUUGAAGGAAAAUCCAUAUCUGAUAAACGAGUGACAUUAAAUCUUCCUAAUUCUCUUCGAAAAGAAAAUAAGUUUCUUGAUAAUAUUUUAUUCGCAGAUGUAUCAUUUUAUUUGGAUCAAAAAUCUUGUUUGUUACUUCAUCAUUUUACAAAACUUUUCUGGAUAUUAGAGCAUAAUGAAGAGUUUGAUACACAAUAUAGAAUGGCUCUUGCGAUGGAUACAAUACCAGAAUAUUUACUCUUUCGUCAUGAUGAAGAUCUCUUAUUUCCAUUCACAUUUGUUUCUUCACAUUUACAGAAUUUAUAUAUUCGACUAUUGGAACAAAGAUUUAUUGUAAUUAGUUCAAAAGAUUUUAUCAUCAAGGAUAGAUACCAUCUUUACUUUGAGCAUAUUUUACUUGAAUGUUUAAUGUUGCUAUCACAUACAUUGUGUAAAAGACUUUCUAUUCUAGCCGCUUUGAUCGCUCUUCUACCAUGGCUCCGAAUGCACCGAUUAGAAAACAUUGGUAGUAGUCUUUUAUGGACAUUUGCUACAAAAGAUUCAAGUUAUUUGAGCGAGUUCGAAGCUACAAAACAGCGUCCAAUAAAUUAUGAAACUGGUCUAUAUAUAAAUAAACUGGAACAUUUCGUUCCUGCAAAUGAUAUGACAGAUGAAGAACGAAAGGCAUUGAUGAAAGAAUGUAUCGAACAAGAACAACACCGACUUGAAUAUGCAUUGACUGACAAUGAUGAAAGAAGCAUGAAACUCUAUUCAGCAUGUAUUUCUUUAGCAUGUAUUUGUCGAUGGACUGAAGAAGAAAACCAAUUGUCUUUGUUAGAAGAAAGUGUACAAGGAGCCAUGUCUAUUACUAACAAACUUUCUCGUCUUGAUGCAUUAUGCAUGAUUGCUUUUUACUCUCGUUUAGGCUAUAAAGAAAUUCAAGUAAAUGGAAAUAGAUCUUUGCAAAAAGAAAUUGAAUAUCAAUUCAAUGAAAUUUACUCAGAAUUACCUCUUCUAUUGCAUACAGCUAUAUUCAUUAGAUGUUUACCUUUACUUCGACAUCAGCAAACAAUUGACAUUUGUGCAAAGAAUCUUGCAAACAAGUUUGCAACUGCUGAAUAUGAAGAUCAGCAUGUUGUGUACGAAGCAUUAUCACCGUAUCUGCGAUCACAUAUUGCCAUUUCUCAAAUGCGGGAAUUCUUAUUGAAUUAUUUACCCGCUAGCAAUAUAUCAAUGAAUAAUAGAUCUUCUGUCUUGAUGAAAUAUAUGAAUAUGAAGAUAAAUGAGACUAUACUAUUCUCGCCAAUUGUUGCCAACAUGUAUCUUGUUGAGUUAACCAGUGACUUCCACAAAUAUCUUACAGCUGAUUUUCAUCAACUGUCCGUAUUACAUGAUGAUUUCUAUACAGUUGAUAAAUCAAUUGUAACAACACUUUUUGGAUUCGACAAUCCUAUUUUGACAGUCGCGCAAGCUGUUAUGAUUAGCAACUUUCUAUUAUCUGUUUCUUCAUCAAAUCGAUCUAAGCAUUCAAAAAUGCUUUGUGUUGUUUUAAGCAAUACGUUACAUCGUUUUAAUUCGAUUGAAUUCAAAGCUUGUCGUUUAGUAGAAUCUUGGAUGAAAUGGAAAGAUUCAAAUGAAUUCUCUUCGUUUGCUUGCCAUGCUGCACUUCUUCUUACCAAUUCUGAUUUAUGGUCCGUUGAAGCUGCUAUCAUCAUUUGUGAUCUUUUAUGUUGUGAAAAUGAUCGCUUUCGUCAACGUGCUGAAAUAAUUCUACGAUCGACAAGUAACGACAACGAUAUUCGAACAAGUUCGAAAUUGGGUAUCAGCGUGUUUUUAACUUUAACCACAAAAAAAUCUCAUUAUCAAUACAGCUCACCAUCUGCUAAUCUUACUUUAUCACGAGUAUUUGAAGAUAUAACUUUAGAUAAUCGAUUUCAUCUGAACACUAUUUUAUGGUUAGAAAGAUAUAGAAAUUAUGUACUAUUCAAUAAAGAAUAUUCCAUUAACAAGUCAAAAUUGUCGUCAAUUUCUCAUGCAGUUUCAUAUUUUCCUACGGAUUUUACGAUAGAAGUAUCUUUCUGCGAAACCAUAAGGCUAGUUUCUAAAGAUUUGAUCCAAUAUAUGUGUGAUCUGAUCAUAUCUAAUUUUUUAUCGUUUUUGGAAAUCGAUGGUGAUACAACAUCGAAUGCAGUUGUGGAAAGUCAUAUUCGAUUUGUCGUUUCAGUACUUAUAUGUAUUGGUACGUUAUUUAAUCAUACUUUCAAAAGUCGAGCGUUAUUAAUAAAUGCUUUGGUCAUAUUAUAUGAGACAUCGACAAAAAAUGACAUUCGUAGAGCAGUUGUAUAUGCUCUCAGUUACAUUUGUAACGAAAGAACAUAUAAAAUUCUGUUCAAUCAAUUACAAGUAGCAAUGAAUAAUGAUACAAUUGAAGCUUCUAACAAUUCCGAUGAUAUUAUAGCAAUCUUAAUUUCAAGUUAUUGUCAUUGUGUGUGUAUUGAGAAAAUCGUUUUUGACCAAGACGAUAUUGCUUUGUUUCGAAAGUUGCUUAAACAUCCCUCAAAAAAUGUCUUAACAGCAUCAUAUGUGGGACUUGGAAGAGUUCUGAAGGAUAAUUCACUGUUAUUUGAGAUGCUUGAUUUUGAUUAUAUUCAAUGUUAUCAUGCACUCAUUGGCUCGACUGCAUAUUUAUUAAUAUACGAUUGUUGGGAAGGCAAUAUGAAUGCUGUUGUAAAGCUGAUCGAAGAACAUCCAGAUCUUUUGCCAAUUUUCAUCGUCGAAUUGUACAAUAGUAUUCGUCAUUUUACUGAUAAUGUAAUAUAUGUUAGAACGAUCGAUUGUUGUUUAAAUUAUGGAAAUCUUCGAUAUGUAGAAGUAGCAAGCUUGAUUGCUAUACGAAUGCCUGCAACGUUUUGUGCUUAUAUAAAAGAUUCGCAUGAUGGUGAUAACUUAAAACAUGCAUUGUUCUAUACGAGUAAACAACAUGAUUUUCCACAACGCGCUGCUUGUCUAACUAUUCUAUCUAUAUUUGGUGAGUUAACGGUUGAAUUAUGUGAAAUGCUUAUUUAUGGUUUACGUGAUGAUCCACACAUUCAAAAUACUUGUUAUAAAUGUUUAAAUCGUAUUAUUUCCAUCAAAAAUGAAAAAGAGGUUUUGAAUCUUUUAUUUUCUUAUUUGAAAUCGAAAUCAAUGAAUACUAGAUAUGUUGCAGCUAAAAUGCUUCUUCAUCUAUCGAAAUAUUCUCUCGUUCCAUUUAACCAAGUUCGAACAGUAUUGAAUGAACUUAUAUUAGAUCCUGAUUCAAAUGAGGGCCUUUGGUUAAUUAAAGAACAAGAUUCUGUAAUAACAGAUUGUGCAUAUGAUUAUGUUGGACCAUUGAAAGAUGUCAUCUAUUCUCUUCUGAUUCAACAUUUAACUAAUGAUGUAAGUGGAAUUAUCCGAAGAAAUUUAUUAAAUGAUAUUAAUUCGAAUUUUGUCGAAUCUGAAAAAGUAUCACGUCUUGCAGCAUGUUUCUACGAAGAGAAAACAUCAGAUAUACAAAUAGAUAUGCCUUUAAAAAUUAAAACGAUUGACUGA